GUGACGUACUACAGCAAAGUAGUAGCGAUACAGACCACCAUUCAUACACUACACAGCACAAUACUGCAAAAUUUCGGAGCGCUCCCAUCCGCGCUUUCCGUCAACUUUUUGUUUUAAUAACACCAUGUAAGCGGCUACGCCGGGUUUUCGCUGCUGCUGCCGUUUUAAUUUGUUUUUCCGACGCGCAUUUUUUUUUUAAUUCUUUUACUUAAAAAUAUUCGCAUGAAAUGUGAAAAUAUCCCUUAAGACACCGGGGAAACUUUGAAACUAUUUUAUUUUUUCGUUUGGAAGUGCGGACCUUAGUGCAGUGCAACAAACCUUUCCUUUGUAGACUUUACUAACAACAGUUGAGAAAAACCGUGUAAUGAUAGCAGAGAGCAAUGGGUAGCAAGAGAAUUAAAAGUCGCGUAGCCAGUGUAGAAGACUCAUCGUAUAUGUCGCUCGAAAAAAAUGGCAGAGUGUUCUUACGCGAAAUGUGUCCAGCAGAGAAGGAAUAUUAGAAAAGAUCUCCAACGAUGGACAAAAAAUAUGGUUCAUAUUGUCGGGUUGGAACGCAUCGCUGAAGAGUUGAUGGGCCGAAGGAAAUGGAAAAUUUACCAAGAAUCCAUGUCCAGAAGUUAUUUACAACCACUGAACAACAAUAUAAAGCGUACGAGCAAUUCAACGGGAGUUACGGACGAAGACUGUUUUCAACGUUCUCAAAAGGAGAACAGCCAGCCUGCUGUUGGCAGCCCAAAAAGUCUUGGAAAAUACCCCACAAUAAAACAGGGAGACCGACAGGGCGAAGACGCGGACGAGCAGGAGCCAGAAGUGUCGUCAGAACGAUUCAAGGUCAACCGCAAUCACCUCCACGCGAACGGCACCUGCGCCGCAGAGGAGGAGCACAGAGUGCCACCGGGUGCCGACGGCGGCGACGCCGGCCGUCACCUUCAGAACGGCGACGACGCAGCAGCGGCGGACGCGCACUUGGAUUGGUCGCCUGCGCAGAGCAGACACUGCGUUUUCUGCGCAGACUGCGGAGACGCCAAACUGGAUAGUGAACACGACGUGCACCACGGGGACCUGAGCCCCCGCCCAUCGGACUCAGACACAUCGGACAGUGGCGGACGAAGCGGAGACGAGGCGGACGGCAGAUCGCACUCGUCGCCUACACCACCGCCGCCCAGACUGCCGCCCACGGCCGCCCAAUUGGCAGCCGCCGCCGGCCUACGGCCCAACAUGACGUCGGUGGACGUCGCGCUGGCCGUCGCGGCGCUCACGGGCGGCACGCCGCCCGGUGCACCGCCCGGAGCGCCGCCCUUGCCUUUUUAUGCGCCCAGCAUGUUGACGCAUAACUGGUAUCUUGCCAAUGUGGCUCGCCAAUUCCAAACUGCCGCGGUUGCCUCGGCUGCCUCGACCGAUGUGGAUAAAAACAGCGGUGGAGGUGAGCAGCCUCUCGAUCUCAGUAAAGGGUCCAGCACUAAUGUCCCCAAUAGUUCGCCUGAACCCAAAUCUAAUGUUAGUAACAAUGUUAGGUUACCCACGUUGGAAACCAAACAAAUUUUUAGGAUGUCUGAUAAACAAACUAAUUUGUCAUAUAACAUUUUAGAACUUCCAUCAAAUAAGACAGUUUUCCGACUUCAGGCAAAACCGCGUAUGUCAGCAGUAGCGGGGCGUAGGACGUACACUGAAGACGAGCUCCAGGCAGCCCUUAGGGACAUCCAGUCUGGAAAGUUGGGCACCAGAAGGGCUGCAGUCAUCUACGGCAUCCCAAGAUCCACCCUUAGGAACAAAGUGUAUAAACUUGCCUUGGAACGUGAGAGGGAGAGUCACCUUAACAGUUCUACUCCUUUGAAACUUGAGGAGGAUGAAGGAUUGGAUGACGAUAAGGAACUCUCUGGAACCGAGGAGGAGAAGGAGGUUGAAAAGGCUUUACAGGCUCCCCUGCUUUCGAUGGCCGAUAUCCUCAGGUUCUCUGGCAUGGAACACUCACCCGAAGCCAUAAAACUCUUUUUGCAGAAAGCGAAGGAGAGCCAAGAGGCUGGAUCUUCGCCUCUGGAUCAAAGUGAGAUCAUUCAGUACCUGCAGGUACGAAAUGCCCUGAUCGCGUCACAAAACAUCCUGGCCAAUCAAAAGCCGCCAGACGGAUCAGUAUUACACAACAUCAUUCCCGAGUUAGCCAAAAGGCUGAUCGUCGAAGAACACCUGAAGAUCCAGAACAACAACGGUGAUAGCGAGAGGCUUUUGAGGCCCAGUCCCUCAAAUUCUGUUAUUACUAAGGUUGAAAAGUCUUUGGAACCCUCCCCGUCGCCCGACUCCGACCCACCCUCGAAUGUGAUAAAAUAUCCGUCCUUCCGGCCGACCCCACCCGCCCCUCCAAAAAAUGGCUGCGACAUUUUUAGUAGGAGCAACUCCAUCGACUCUACGAGCGGUAGACUCGUAUCGCCUCCCGUAACCAGCGAGUCGAACUCACCGCCCAUUUUACCCGGCAAGGGUUUACUUAUUAAAGACGUGAUUACGCAAAGUAUAACGCAAAAGUUUCAACAAGGAUUAGAUCCGGUAAGGAGGCCCUCCAUACCCAUGGACUUGGAGUUUAAAAGGAGCGGCUUUACGCCACCUUUGGGCGGGUUACCGUCGGUCAUCAAGAGUCAGCAGGACGUGAAUAGAUAUCAUCAUUCGCAGCAGCAGUCGCAUCAACAGCAGCAGUCUGCUCAACAGAAUAAACCUCAGCAGGGAAGUCAAGGGGGACAGCCCUCAGGAGGUAAAGGUACUAGGCCAAAACGUGGAAAAUAUCGAAAUUACGAUAGAGAUAGUUUGGUGGAGGCAGUAAGGGCUGUGCAAAGGGGUGAAAUGUCCGUUCAUAGGGCGGGCAGCUAUUAUGGCGUACCCCAUUCAACGUUAGAGUACAAAGUUAAAGAGAGGCAUUUGAUGAGGCCACGUAAGAGGGACCCGAAGCCAAAUCCUGUCGAUGAAAAAAUCGCCAGCCUUAAGCAAAACGACCUUAAAAUUGCCCAGGAAAAGUUGAAGCAACAACAACAGCAACAACAGCAGCAGCAACAACAACAGCAACAAAACGUAAUCAAACCUCCUCAGCAAAAAUUUCCACCCUCCUCGCCGAAUGGUAUUAAGUUGCCCCUGUUUGAAGCUGCAGCGGGACUAAGUCCUGCAGCAGCUGCGGGACUAGCCUCAGGUACUUAUCCGCCUCCAUUCCCUUUUUGGCCUCACCCUGGUUUCCCUCCUAAUCCCAUGGAGUACGCAGCUGCUGCGGCUGCCGCAAGAGGUCAGGCCGGUCCUUUCUUGUCUCCCAGUGAGUUUUUCGCCUCCCAAAUGAUGCAGAAGCUCCAGGAGGAAAGGGAGAGGAGUAUGGGCACACCAUCUCCUCAAGGUGGGGCUGCCACUUUGGCCAAGAGUGCAAGACAAAUGGCGGAAUCUUUGCUGGAUGGGUCUGGACCCAACGGGUCGUUCCUGGAUGGUAUAAUACGUUCCAGUCUCGAAUCGGGAGUGCCAAGCUCCGAUGAGAAAUCAAUUAAGGACGAGAAGAACAUUGCACCUGAAAAUAUGUCGAAUAAAGCAUUACUGGAUCAGCUGUGUAGAAACAGCCGACUAACUCCACUACCAAAGCCAAACUUGACGGACGCUAGUAGCUCCGGGGACGAGUCUUACCGGAAAAGUACAAGUCCUCUUAACUUCUCAACAGGAGUAAGCAACUCGCAUAAUAACCAAGAGGACUCGAAACCGCACAGAUCGUCCCCGCCACCAAUCAAAAUCGAGAGGAACAAUUCGAUCGAUCACUCGGUCGAACUGUCAAACGACUCGAGUGAUUCCGCGAGCCAUAACGAGCGUAAACGAAGUCGAGACGAGGAGUCGACGAACUCGACCGACCACGAGCGGAAACACCCGAGAAUCUACCUGAAACAAGACCUGGUCAAGCCAGAAAAUUUAAAACCGGAGAUGUUGGUGCGAUAUCGUGAGCUUCUGCCAGAAAGAAAUGGCUCGGGGAUCAAAACAGAAAGUACGGCAGGAAGCAGUGCCUCCGAUAACGACGCACUACAAGACUGACAUUUACCUUUUGUAAGAGAAAGAAUUUUUUAUUAAAAGAAUCAAAAGAUGAACACACACAUACCAUGGAACUGCCAAGGGGGGAUGUCAGGGGCGUAGACGGACGCAUACGGAGCCCCCUUACGGCGUGGUUGUAAGAAUAACUUAUAUGCAAAACAAAAAAUGAGCUCGACGUGACGUGUUUGUUGAUAAUUUAUUGUUUUUUACCUAUUUUUUUUCUGUUUUCACGUAGAUUUAGCAAAAUCGUCUUAUAUGUAAAAGCAUCAAAGCAGUCUUUAUAUAUAUACAUAUAUAUUCUAUAUUUAUUAGGUGUUUUUCGACUCUAAAGUAUAUACUCGUAAAUUUUGUACGCGUGGAAGAUAUAGUACCCAAGAAUGAUUAUCAAAAUUUAAAAAAAAUAUUGCACUAUAUCUUUUACCCUUAAGUGUUUAAUCCCCCGUUCGGUGUAUUUGGCAUAAUGUAAAAAUUUUAAAUGUACUCUUCUAUGUGUCUUACGUGUUUGUAUACCUCAAAAAAAUGUAUAAAAAAUAUCUCCCUUGUUCUACGCGUAAUUAUAUUUACCAAGCUGCUUUGAUGAUACAUAAAAUGUUCGUUAUAUACAGGGUAUUAAAAAAAUGUCCUGUAUAUAAUGAAAUCGUUGUUGAUAUAUAAAAUAUUAGCAAAGGUAUCCCGCGAUUAAUUGAAAGAAAAAUUAUAUCUAUCUGUGAUUUAAUCAAAAUUUUUGAUGUAUAUUUUCUCUAAAAAUAUCUUAAAAUAUUAUAUUAAAAUUUAAACUAGCAGGUAGUUUAUUCGAUACGAGAAAAUUCUUGAUUUAAAUUUUUACAACGAAGCGUUUUACUAUGAUUUGUUUAUUGCUUUUGACACAGUUUAUUCAAAAAUUAUCCAGUAUCAAAUGAUUUUGCGUAGUUCGAAAUAUAUUUUGGAAUUGACAAAACCGAGUACAAAUAUUUGGGUACAAAUUUUAAUUUAGAACAAAUCUCUUAGUUUGCAGUGGUUUUUUAUCAACAAAUCAACAAUAUCUGCGCAAAAUUAUUGGUUCGAAUUAAUGAAAAGUGGUUAAAACGCUUCGUGAUAGGAAAGCUGAUAAUAUAGACCUAAAACAGUUCGCGUCUCUUUAUUUUUUACAUUAAUUUAAUGUAAAAUAAUAACGCAGAAGCUAUUGUACAGGUUUGCUAACGUUCUGGCCACAUUAUAAGUUUUCCUGGGUGAUACUGUUUUUGUUUUGUUUAAUUUUUUUUGAUAUAACAAAGAAGUGCAAUUAGAUGGUAUAUACAUAAUACAUAUAUAUUUACAUCAAUAUUAACUAGUAUAUAAGAUAUAUUAAAAGUAUAUUAUAUAUUUGAAAAAAAAAAUGGAAGCUAUUUUGUUUGAGAGGUAAAAGAUUGACUCCAGGUAGAGUUAAACAAAAGAAAAAUAAGAUAAAAUUUGCUUCUUUCUUCCCCUUUAUCCACAACACUUUUUCUCAACAACCGUCAGAUGAUUACAACCAACCAUAAACCGAACCGAUACCGACAGUUAUAAUAAACGAUCGAGAAAAAUGUUUGUAACAGAUUUAUAUUAAAUUUUAAUAAUUUAAAAAAGUGAGAUUUUAAUUAUUGCCAUUGCGAAAAUUAAUUUUUAAUAAUGGGAUUAUAAAAAAAUUAGUUGAAAUUUUAUUGAUUUGCAUUUUUCAAAGGGCAUCUUUUAAAAAUUCACACCUUUUUAAGAUUUAGUAACUUAAAAGUGCUUUAAAUAUUAUAAAUGGAAUAUGAAAAUUACUAAAAAUUAAUUAAAAUGUAUAAAUAAUAUUAAUUUGCAUCCGCAUUUUUGUUGUUAUUUUUCUCUUUUAAAAUAUGUAAUUGGCUAAAAUAGCUUUUCCAAUAUUCUGAAUGAAACUGAAAAUACUAAAAAUUUAAAAAUAUUUUUUAUUUAGAUAUCUAAAUAAGUCAAUUCUAAAAGUGUGCAUAAUUUAUGUUAAAAAAACACGAUUUUUAU